AGAUUUAUAUCAGAAGGCAGAAGAAGCUGGUCCUGCUCCGUCUCGGUGCGCUUUGGUUCCGCAGCCGCCGGUGGCGAGAAGGCAGCGAGGAAGCAGCAGCAGCAGCCGCCGAGGGUUUACCUGCCUUACCUACCUACCUACCUACCUACUUAGCUACCUUGGCGAUGGCAAAGGCGGUCAGCGUGGCGCGGCUGCUGUGCGCUUUGGUCUUUUGCUCGCAGGCGCUCUCGGCGGUGAGUAGGCAGCGCGGGAGGCGAGCUGGAGCGCCGCCUGGGCUCCCCGGCAGGGAUGGUUGGCUCCACGUGGUCGGCGGAGAGAAAGCCUAGAGCUCCGGGGGGACUCGGGGGCACUUUCUUUUUCGCGGCUGCCCCGUCCUCCUCUCUUGGCUUGAACUGGAGGGAAACGCGGGACCUCCCCCCGCCCCGCGCGCGCGCCUUUUCCUUCCUCGGCCCCGCUGCGCCCCCGCGCCUGGAAAGCGGUUCCAGCUGGUGUCUUGGGAAUGGUGGAACCCCCCAAGCGCCUUUUCCCUCCUUCCUUACACAUCCCCCCCCCCCCGCCUCCCGGUGCGCCCUCCCCUUUCAACAGGUUCUGGGGCGCAGAGCCCUCUCGAAAAGCCCUUUUCAAGAACAGCCUAUUGUGUCGGCGGGGGGAUUCCAGAGCCUGAAGGGUUUAAUUCAAACCAGACCAUGGAGGCUCAUAACCUGAUUGGAAUUUUUCUCCCCUCCACCUCAAAGCGCCUCUCUCUCUCUCUCUCUGUGCCGCCCUGCUCCUUCUUUCCCCCUCCUCCUCCUCGUCCCUCUCCACCUCCCUGUUCUUAGCCGGAUAUUUGCCUUGCUCUGGGAAGCGGCCUGCCCGCUUUGCUCCCUGGUUUUUUGUGGUGGUGUUUUUUUAAACUCCGAAGGGCAGGUUGCAACUCGGCUACCUAAGCCAGGAGUUGGCACGCCUUGUCCCCCCUUAAGGGCGGCUCUCCCUCCCUCUCUCCUCCUCCCCCUUCCCAAAAUAGUUGUUCAAUCAUACUUCCCCCCCUUUUUUUGGUGAGCAGAAGUCCCGGGUUCUCAAUACAGGGGCUUCCUUGGAAUAGGCUAGUUGGAGAAGUAGCAAACAGGCACGGCGGGCUGUGCCGGUUCACACGUUACAAAGCUUCUCUGUGGGAGGUGACUCUGGAGGCGCUGAUGUGCCAUCAUGGGUGGGGAAGUUGCGACAUAUGGUAAUCCUACAGAUGAUGUGUGAAGGACUUGGAUUUUUUCACAUGGGAGGGGGGAGAGCAAGGGUUUCUGGAACCAAGGCAGAUGGGUGCAAAUGCACUUUUGCUAAUUCAUGCCCCUGUGAGACCUGAAAAGAUGAGGUUGCUUCUGGAGUAGGCAGACUUCUUCCUAUAAACUUGUGACGGCCUGGGGAAAAGAGCGCUGACAGAGCCACCACAAUUACUUAGUCUUGCCAAGUAGAUCUUGGGAGAUGCUUUGCUGACCAAAGUCACCCACACAACUUUCCUGCAUUUCCCCAGCCAUUUGACCUGAGCUACCGUUGGCUUUGUUCCCAAGAGGUGUAGAUGCCAAGUUGCAGGUUUGAUCCCAGUAUGGUAGGGGGUUGGACUAGAGGAUCCUCAGGGGUCCCUUCCAACUGUACAAUUUUACGUUUGUCCUCGUGACUGAUGGUGGGGUAAAGGAAGAGCUGCUCACAUUCUUACUGAGAUGCCUGGAUCCUUAAGACGGAUCUUGAAUUUUGUUUCAAGGGUCCAAAUAACAAGGGGCAGGGCUCUGGUUUUCAAAACGCCUGAAACAGCGGAACUGCUCAACACCCAGGCUUGAAGGCAGAACACUAAUAGGUCUUCAAAGAGACUCUUUCUCUCUCUCCCCACCUUUUGCUUGCACAAGCAAGAAUCUUCUCUUUUAUGCUUAAAUGAAGCAAUUUUCCUCUUCCCCCUCCUUUCUAAGAUGGUUUAAUCAAACAGUUCAGGUACCAGCUGAAAAAAUGACACUUAAAACUAGAUUGCAGACAGGAUAGUUCUCAAGAACACUUCUUUUUCCUAGUGUUGGACAGGAUUAAACUUAAUAAUUAACUUGGUCCCACUAGUUAUAAUCAAAAGAGGGCAUAGGUAGUUUGUUGGGUACCUGCAACUUUCUGCACUGGCGCCUCUCAGCAGAUGUAAUACUGUAUGACUUUAGAAUCUGUUAGCUUCUUUCUUUGCCUCAUGUGACUUUAAAAAUCUAUUUCUAUGGCUUGUGCAGUUAAAGCCUGAAACCUGGGUUUAAAAGCUUAAACAGACAUCCCUAUCUUCAUAAUACCUGUUGAUUGAUGUUCCCUAUCAUGUGCCACUUGGCACCCCCUUUGCCUAUUUACCUUGCACAGGGAAUUGCAUCAUUAAAAAGUUUUAAAACGGCAGUAUGUACUUUGAAUUCAGCAAGCAUGAAGUUCCAGGCAAUCAUUCUGGAUACUUGUACAGUUGCAGCAAAACUAAAGACAGAAUUUUUUUGCUGUUAUACAUUUGAAGAAAAAUAAUGAGUUGUCUGCUUUGAAAAUUAAAACCACAGAACAUUACUCUGUAAGUGAAAACAGACCGUAUUCAAACUCUAGAACCUAUAAUAAAUCUCAAUACUAUCUUUUUCUCCCCUCUGAGCACUGCACCAGCAGAUGUCGCCACUGAAUAAACAAUGCCCUUCUUCUAUCUGCCACUCCCAUAGCGUCUACCUUAACAAAUCUGGAAAUUCACAUGUUCGUACUUUUACAGCAUGUCUGUGUCCCGUGCAAAAUUUAAUUUGUUUCACUUGUACAAUCUUAAAAUUGAUCUGUACCAUUUCUCAACCAAGGCAGUACAUACUGUAAAAAGAGAGAGAGAGAGAGAGUUUGGUGUGUGUACUCUACUGACCUACAUGCAAUAAAACAGGGCCAACGGUUGAGCACUGGUGGUGCAAAUUUCCGUCUGAACAUGACUCAGUGUAGGUGAGAGUACAUUUCUGCUUCUGCCAUGGGUGGUGGCAGUGGCAAGGAAAGUGCCUGUCUAGCAGGCCUUUUUUGAUGUGCUGAAUGGGCUUUUAAUUACCUAGCUAAGAAGGUGUUGCUUCAACAGUCUUGGAAGUCUGCUGCAUCAGUUUUGCGGGGUUCAGGCAGAAUUAGGCAUCGUAAUGAGGAAUCUGGAGCACUGUCUUUUCCAUCUGUGCUGUGUCACUUUUGACUGAGGAUGUGAGCAAGCUGCUUGGAGAAGUGUUCUUGUCAUCUUAGAGCUAGCUGAUGGAGAUUGACUGUUUGGGUCUAGGUAAAGGUAAAGGGACCCCUGACCAUUAGGUCCAGUCGUGACCGACUCUGGGGUUGUGGCACUCAUCUCACUUUAUUGGCCGAGGUCAAUAGCUUCCGGGUCAUGUGGCCAGCAUGGCGAAUCAGAGCAGCGAACGGAAAUGCCAUUUACCUUCCUGCCAGAGCGGUACCUAUUUAUCUACUUGCACUUUGACAUGCUUUCGAACUGCUAGGUUGGCAGGAGCAGGGACUGAGCAACGGGAGCUCACCCCAUUGCAGGGAUUCGAACCGCGACCUUCUGAUCGGCAAGUCCUAGGCUCAGUGGUUUAACCCACAGUGCCACCCGCAUUUGGGUCUAGAGGGUGAUUAAUGCAUCAUUGCAGGAAUGGUAGGGUAGAGUGGGUAGGGAUAGUGGGUCUUUUCCUUGAGCUGUUCCUUACCCCGUGAGGUUCUCUUAUCAGCUACCACACGUGUCACACAGUGGCGACUGUCCCCUUUGUGGUGGCAGCCCACCUUUGGGUAUGCUUUGAGGAAACUGAUUAUCUUGGCCCAUUUCAAUUUAGUUUCUGACCUGGUCAUGGCACUGAAACUGCCUUGGUUGAUAAUAUUUGUUGGAACAGAGAUGGAGGAGUGUGACCUCCCUCCUUGUUCUUGACCUUCUUGAAUGGUGCUGAGAGGUGGGUGAAGCUGCAUUAAAGUGGUUCAGCUCCUGCCUUCAGGGCUCUUUUGAGAAAGUAGUUAUGGGGAGGCCUGUUGUUCAGGGCAAUCAGGAUUGUCUUGUGACAUACUGCAGGGCUCCAUGUUACCCUCUAUGCUACAUAACAUGCCCACAUGUUCCCCAUGGGAGCUGGCAUCAGAUUUGCCAUGUCAAUCUAUAGCUGGUUCAUCAGCUUCGACUUCUUUUGAACUUCCUGUGAGAUUAUUGCAAUAAUGCUCUACAUUGGUCGGCCCUUGAGGACGAUGCAGAAACUUCAAUUGUUUCCAAACACGGCAGCCAGUUAACUGACCACAAUCCCAUUUACAGCUCCUGCACUGGUUGGUUGCUACUUUGUUUCUGGGCCUAAUUCAAGUGGUUUACAUUGUUGAGAGCAUAAAUUCAAUAUGUUGACAUUUAGAGCCUUAAAUGACUUGUGUCCCAAAUAUCUGAAAAAUCACCUUCCUACCUUGAUGUUUUGACACCUGAGAUAAAUAUAUAUAAGAUGCAUUCUGUUGAAAUCAGUUAAAACAGUUUGCAAUAAUAAUGAUGACGAUGAUGUGUUGUAACCCAUUAGCCAGAUGUUGUUGAAUUGCAAGUCCGAUCAUCCCUGACUGUUUGCUAUGCUGGCUGGGGCUGAAGGGAGUUGGAAUCAAAUAUCAUCUUGCAAUGCAUUAUACAUAGGGCUACCUCUGAAAACUUCAGCUGGUGGGAAAUUAAGCAGUCAGGGAAAGAUGGUUUGAGCAUAUCACUGUACAUUGAUCCUGACCCAACUGCACUGGCUGCCAAUUAGUUUCUGGGCCCAAUUCACAGUGCUGCUUUUGACCUGUAAAGCUCAGGAACCGCAGUAGCCCAAAGGCCAACUCUCCCCAUGCAAACUACGCAGACUUAGCAAUCACCAUCUGAGGCCCUUCUUUGUGUGCUUCCUCCAUGAGAGGUCCAGAAGUUGGCAACACGAGAAAGUGCCUUUUCUGCAGUGGCUCCUUGUUUGUGCCAUGCUGUCCCCAGGGAGGCCUACCUGGCACCUUCUUUAGACACCAGGCAAAAAUGUUUCUCUUCAGCCAGGCGUUCAGCUGAUUAACAUUCUAUGGCUUUUAAAAUGUGUUGUGGGAGGGAGGUUAUUGGUUUAUUUUUGUUACGUAUUUUGCAUUCUCAUCUUGCAUCUUUCUGUUGUGAACAACCCUGGGAUCUUGGGGUGACGGGCAGUAUCCAAAUUUAAUAAAUAAUAAUUAGCAUUAUAAUAACACCACCUGGAAGGCAACAGGGCUGGUUGUGUUAAUUGAUCCCUCUGUUUGCCAUCUUGGCAGCUUGCAUGAAAUUUCUCUCGGCUGAUCUGGCAGAGCAGGGUUCAUUCACGCAUGGAACUCAUGACUCAGCAGAGUAGGCCAUCGUGAUAAGAACACACAUAUGUUAACUAUCUCUAAGGCCCAUUGGUGCCAGUACUAUUUACUUCAAGUUAGAAGUAAUAAAUCUGGAGUCUUGCUGUACAUAUUAGGGGACAGUGUCCCCAAACUGCUUCAAGGGUUAAACUCUUGGAUUGUAGAAUGCACAUCUGGAACAAGUUCAUCUGUCGGAGCUCUGCUUACGUGUGCUGCACAUGGCAAGUGAAUAAUUACUUAGCAACCUUUUAGCUAGACUUGACUCACUUACAAAUCAUCCCCACUGUAAGUCGUCUAGUUUCAACUCUGGUUAGGCUUUAUACAUGCUUUAUCAAAGAGCAGGGUAUGAUUUGCUGAAAACUUAUGGAGGCUCCUUGAAUCUGAUCCUACUUCUCACAGGAAGAGUCACGCCCACAGAAAGUUGACUUUCUCCUGUCUAUACAAGUGGAGAGAUACCUGGCAAAAGGUCUUGAUAAAAGUACUGGAGGUUUAGUUGCUGCAGACACUUCAGACUCACUCAGUGUUGGGCAACAAACUUACCUCAUUUAUUUACUGAGGGAGAUAAUCCACCAGUCUGUUCUUCCUUGUAUAUUGUUUAUAUGUAAAAUGGCAUAUCUUUAAAAUACAGUAAGUAUGCCAGGAUUUUGGGCUCUGAAUGAUCUUUCCUGGGAUCAAUCAAUCUCUCUCUCAUUUAUAUUUGCAUUUAAACAUUCCCACACUAAAAUCCUUACUUGCUGCCAAGCAAGUCCAUUGAUUUCUCCAGUGAAGUUCCUUUCCUGUAGAGUGACCUUGUUAAGAGUUGGGUUGUAAAAAAAAUAAACUGGGAAUUGGCUGUGAUUCUUUCUCCUCCUUUUUGCCUGCAUUCUGAGCUUUGUGGUGGUUUGAGUAAAGCUGAAUUUAAACAGCAGAGGACCUUAGUAAGGAAAGGUGAUAUUUUUUUAGUGGCACCAUUACCUGGGUAUUGGGUGUGGAGGAGGCCUCUAUAGACUUCGAUCCAUCUCUUCUACCCUUAGGUCCAGUCGUGACCGACUCUGGGGUUGCGGCGCUCAUCUCGUUUAUUGGCCGAGGGAGCCGGCAUACAGCUUCCGGGUCAUGUGGCCAGCAUGACUAAGCCGCUUCUGGCGAACCAGAGCUUCUACCCUUACGCAGGCCUAUAUAGCCUUUCCUGCUAUUUCACUUUAACACAUAAUUUCAACUGUAGUGGUGACUCAACAUUUUAUGACCCAACUACAGUGGACGCUCGGGUUGUGAACGUGAUCCCUGUGGCAUGCAUGUUCACAACCCGCACCAGUGCGUCUGUGCACCCACGGGUUGCGAUUCGGCACUUAUACGCAAAGCGCGAUUUAGCGCUUCUGCGCAUAUGCGACCGCCGAAACCCGGAUGUAACCCUUUCCGUUACUUCCGGGUUUCGGUGGUCCGUAACCCGAAAAAACGCAACCUGAACCAUCUGUAACCUGAGGUAUGACUGUAUACAGACUGAGUAGUUUACUGUUAUUUGAAACUGAAAGACUCCUUACUGCUGCAACCUUAAUGAUUCUUCUCAUAUGAAAUGGUUAGAUCUGUUUUACCUGGGGGUCAGCCAAGAAAUCCAGUACAGUAUUGCUUCCUUAUGGACAGAAGAGACAAAGCAGUAAAGCUCUACCAUUUUGGUAGAGAGGGAAGCUGUCCUGGUGCUCUCCAGAUGCAUAAUGACAGCUUCUACUAUUCCUGACCAGGGUGGAUUUGAUUUAAAUCAAAUCGAUUUAAAUCACUAGUCAGAAAGAUUUUAUUUAUUUAUAUAUUUAUUUUUACAGAAAGGCUCAUUCUUGCUGGCAUAAUCUUAAUAUUUACAACCAGAUGAAGAUUUCAUUUUUUGGAAUAAUAAAUUUUCAGAGUAGUUUUUACAGAUAUAUAAAAAAAAUGCUGAUUUGGUGAUACUAUUAGAAAUACAUAGAUAAUUAUGAAAUUAUUACGAGGUUUAAUAAGUUGAUUGUUUAUAUUUGGACAGCCUUUCUGCUGUACUUUAUUGAAAGGAGAAAAAAAAUCAUUUCCUUAAUAACAACGUAAACAAUUUAUUUAACUAAAACAAUAACAUAGCAUGUGUAUCCAUGUUUGUUAACUGAUGUGGUUAAAUGAUUUUUUUUUUAAGAAAAACCAAAACUAACCUUAGAUUGAGUUUUGGCACACAUGAAAAACUUAAAACAAAUCCUUAUUUCUUGAUGAAUAGCCUUUGGAUUAUAAUGUAACUUAAAUAGAAAACGAUCUUUAGAAAGAUUUUUCCUCCAAAAGCAUUUUAUUUUAAAAAUCUGAUUUAAAUAAAAAUAAUAAUCCAAUUUUUUAAAAAAAUCUGAUUUAAAUAAAAAAUAUCUUUUAAUAAUAAUAAUCAUUGAUUUUUAUCCACCCUGUUCCUGACCAUUGACCCUGCUGUCUGAGGCUGAUGGCAGUGGUAGCCCAAAACUUAUGGAUCUUGCUACAUUUCAGAAGGCUUGUCUAGAGGAACUGGAUGAGCUCUUAACGAUUCCAUUGCUUUAAAGUAAUGGGGCUAGCUAGUCUCAAGCAGCAGGAGGUGAAUUUCUCUUGAUUUUAGAAGUAGUUGAUGUGCUCUAAAAUCCAACUAGAAGCUUUCAGCAAGCAAUUGUAGCCAGUAACUCGCAAGACUUUACCUUAGCCUCUUGAGAUUUCAGGUGGUGGGCAUUUUUCUAGGAAAUGCUAGCUCUGAAUGGGCAGAGAAUUUAUGGAGAGACAUUUAAUCUCCCCUCCAUCCACUCACUGAAAUGGUUCAGCCCAGGGUCAGCUGCAUCAUGUACAGCUGCUGACUCUGAGUUGCGUCUUAUUUGGGAAGUUCUUAGGAGCUCUGAGGGUAGAGAGAGCUCUCUGGCAUCCAAGCACUCAGUAAUGACUCCUGUCUCAAUAGCUUUCAUCCAACAUGGAACUCUUUGUCCACUUAUAAUUGUUGCCAGUAACAUUUGCACCCAGAGGACAAAUGUUGCAUCUAGAGGACAAAGCUGUGGUUGCUCAGUCUGCUGCUUAGCUUGGAAGAUGGAUACGAACGAACAGAAAGGCAACUCAAAAGAGCUUGCAUAGCAUUGCUCUGCAGUCUGAGGAUUGGUGCUGAGAAAUGACGGGUGUGUGUGUGAAUAUUUUAUAGAUUUCUAAGACUUUUCAUUCUGACAUUUAACUCAUUGUUUAUGUUCAGAGGUUGCCUCUUGUCACUAGCGGCCACCACAACUCUGAUUGCAGUGCGUAUAAAUUAUGAAUUAACGGCCCCUCCUUGGAAGAAUGUGUCAAAUCCAUGGGGGGGGGGAGAAAACUGAACGCUUGAACCCUUGACCCUGACUGCACAAUUCUGUAUCUGUAACUGAUAAUUUACUUGCUGGCCUUAUUCAACUUUAGUUUCUUUUAAAUAUUGCAUCGAAGUACGUAUAAUCUGUGGGUGCACCUGAGAAAUUGAGUUGAAUAAUAAUAAUAAAUUUAUUAUUUACACCCCAUCCAUCUGGCUGAGUUUCCCCAACCACUCUGGGCGGCUCCCAAUUGAGUGUUAAAAGCAAUACAGCAUUAAAUAUUAAAAACUUCCCUAAACAGGGCUGCCUUCAGAUGUCUUUUAAAAAUAGGAUAGCUGCUUAUUUCCUUGACAUCUGAUGGGAGGGCAUUCCACAGGGCAGGUGCCACUACCGAGAAGGCCCUCUGUCUGGUUCCCUGUAACCUCACUUGGGAACCGCCAGAAGGCCCUCAGUGCUGGAUCUCAGUGUCUGGGCUGAACGAUGGUGGUGGAGACACUCCUUUAUGUAUACAGGACCGAGGCCGUUUGAUUGAAGCCAGUAUGAGUUACCUUUGAUUUAGGGGAGAUCACUGCAUAAUAAACAGGACUUCUGAAAAUCUGCAUGAAUGUAAUAGUGCAUUGGAGAACAUACUGCAAGGCUUGUCCACCAGCUUCAGUUGGAUAUUAAAGGUAUCUCUAGUAAACAGUACUCCAGUCCACAGUGAUUCAGAAGCAGGAAGGGGAGAACUUGAAAACACCCCAGCAACUUCUGUUUGUUUGUUUGUUUCUUUUUUUUUAAAGGUUCCUGUGUGGAAUGUGGGUUCGAUAAAUGACCAGAUUGGCUAUUCCCCUGUCUUCGUGCCUCCUCAAAAUUACCCCAAUUCUCUGCACUCUCAAGAAAUGAACUCUUCCUUAAUUCUUCAAACCUUACAACUCCAAAUUCUUCAAGCCUUCCUCCUUAUUUUGCCACAGUGCAAUUGCAGACUUAUAACAGCAUAAAACCUUUUUAGCAGUUGUAGAAAUGGCAGUGGGUUUGCACUUCUGCAACUUUCAUGCUCGUUUAAAGGUUAAUUUCCCAAGGGUUACAGACGGAGCCUAACUCGGUCAACAGUUAAUUAGAGAAGAGAUCGAAGCUGCUUAACUUAAUUUGGAAAAUAGUAGUUUAGGGAGUUCUGCACACUUGACAUAAUUCUGAGCCUUCAUAUUUGCACCUGUCAGUGUAUUAUAUUGUAUUUGUGUGGUUAGCAACAUGCCUGGCUGAUUAAAUGGUAGCACACUCAUGCUGUUGUGUAGCCCAGGGUUUCCCAAACUUGCAUCUCUAGCUAUUUUUGGACUACAACUCCUACCAUCCUGAGCUAGCAGGACCAGUGGUCAGGGAUGAUGGGAACUGUAGUCCAAAAACAGCUGGAGACCCCAGUUUGGGAAACCCUGGCAUCUUAAAGACUAGCUGAUUGUAUUGUGGCAUAAAAGCUUUGUGAACUAGAGUCUGCUUCAUCAGAUGUGCAUGUGUGAAGUGUCGUCUUCAGUUGCAGGCAUACAACUGUAAGGGAUGAGGGGAGAUUUAAGUUGUAAGCAGUAGGACCAGAGGGAGCUGAAAGGCAUGAAGUACAGAUAAUGAUAAUUCAAUCAGAACUAGAAUGUGUUCCUGGAAAAAAAAGGUCAGUGUCCUUUUGUGACAGCAGUGGCUAACUAGCAAAUCAGUUAGCCUGGGAUUGUCUUUGGUGGGAGGUGAAACAAUUGCCUUUAUACAGACUCAAAUAAAUACAAUUCAACUUUGCAAUUUUGUGCUGGUGUCUCCCUUUGAAAUAAAUUACUUUGUUCAGCUAUGGUCCCCCUUAAGAUCAGUAGCAGAAAUUCUCUCCUAGUCUAUGAUAUGUUAUUUCUGAUUUGUGUUCAUGGAUUCUUUUGUAUAGAGACUAACCUGUUGUCCUGUGCAGAACACAAAAGGACACUGCUGGCAGGUGACCUAAACAGAAGUUGGUGAAAGGAACAGUUCAAUUGAUGAAUGCACACUUUUAAUUUAAUGAUUCUCUUAAUAAUAUCACUGUCUGCCUGGCAAGCAGGCCCAAAUUUUCUGAAGUGUGUGUGGUCUUGCAUAGCGUAACCCAAGUGCCUCAGAACGAUAGAUAAAGGGUUACUUGGAGCUUGAAACACAAACACCAGCAUGUACUUGGUGUCUUCCAGCCAACAAAAUGGCAUCAUAAAAUAAUUACAUCUCUUCAUAUGACAGUGUGGUAGAAACGUACCAAUCUAACAAGGGAAGAGAUGGUGCUAGCUUUUGUGUUCCCUUGUAAAGUUGUGUAAUUUGUGGAUUGGAUUAGCCUUUCUGUUACCUUGAGACUGUGCAAGACUAAAACUCUUGAGAAAUCUCAGUAUGGUAAGCAGAGAAUGGGAGUUUCCUGUCCUGUGUAGAUGGCCUUCAUGCAGGCUUGUCUUGAGGUACAAAAUGUUUUUAGUACUAUCAUAAGGAGCCUGAUUUUAGUAGUUGGAGUCCCAGAGCUCCGUGUUCUCCAAACAUACCUCAUAGUUAAAAGCAAAUGUUGUAGGCUGUUGGCUAGGAAUGAAGUUUAGCUCGGAUUUGCACCUAGGGUGAACUGGUUGCAAGACUUCGAUCGCCCAAACUUUAUUUUCUCAAAUGCUCAAAAUUUGAGCUUUUGGGAAAGGAAAUCCAGCAGUGUAUCUAAACUUUUUAUCUCCUGAGAUUUAUUUCAGCCUGGAUGUUGCUCCAUAUUUAUGCAUUUGUUUGCAUUCUGUUUUUCCAUCUUACACGCCACCCUGGGGAUGCUGACUUGCGCCGAAGGCUUUUAUUAAAACAGUUUGAUGGUUAGGUAACAUGGGAAGAGAAAGGCCGCUGUCAAUUACAGUCGAAGCUAACUAACUUCCUGGUUCAAACGUGGUGGCUAUAUGAAUCAUGGCUUAGCUAAUCCUACUCCCUGUCCAUUUUUAAUACAUAGGGAGGAGAAGAAAGCAACUCUGCCUGAAUGCUUAUGAAUUUUCUAACUCCUUUAUAGUGCCAUAUAGAUGAAGAGUCUGUCCAAAAUACUGUGUGCAGCUAACACCAAUGCAUGCUGCUUAGAAGAAGAGGAGGAGUUUGGAUUUGAUAUCCCGCUUUAUCACUACCCUAAGGAGUCUCAAAGCGGCUAACAUUCUCCUUUCCUUUCGUCCCCCACAACAAACACUCUGUGAGGUGAGUGGGGCUGAGAGACUUCAAAGAAGUGUGACUAGCCCAAGGUCACCCAGCAGCUGCAUGUGGAGGAACGGAGACGCGAACCUGGUUCACCAGAUUACGAGUCUACCGCUCUUAACCACUACACCACACUGGCUCUCAUUAUAAGGGUUUGCCCCAUCCUGUUUUGAUAGAGUGAACUCCUACGUGGACUUGCACCUGCAUAGUCUCCCAUUAAAAAGUGUGAUCUCCAUCUGUUCUUCCUCAAAACAGGAAAGCAAAAAGAAAAAGGAUUAGGGGUAUGGUUUCUCCCCCCCCCCCUUUCCAGGAAACAAUGUUUGAUAGCUUCUAAUAGAUGGAGUCUGAUUAGUGAAAAGCAGAAGAGCGGUGACUUCUGAAACCCCCUCUUUUUUGCUUGUUGUGACUGAGCACAAUGCCAAUGCAGUUCUUAUUUUCUUAUAAGGAGGGGAAAAACUUGGGAAUAUUGUGUGAACCGUCGAGAAGUAAAGCAUAUACUUCUGACUACCCUAGUCUAGACACUUCCAUUGGUCUUUGCCUUUGUGUGACAAGGUAGUGUGACUCUUUAGCAUAUUGCACAGCCAAAGCAUAUAGACUGAGACAUAAAAUUGUGGGAGGGCACUCAAAUGCAAUCAGUAAAGCUUCACAGAGCAUCCUUUAUCAUGCUUCCUUAGUAAUAUGAAAUGCUUACAGGAGCAAAAAAUAAAUUAGUAGUUGUCUUUAAAAUUUGAUAUGGGGUAUCUUGAGAAUUUGUCAGGAUUAAAGUCUUGCAAACGAAACAUUGGUCAUGAAAGCACCAUUUUAGUCCAAAGUUUAGGCUACUGUACUGAGCAAACUGAUAAUACCAGUUUCUACCAAUAACUGAAAAUCAGCUCUAGGCUGCAACACUCCCACAGUUGGAACUGCCAGGCAUUGUGGGAGUUCAGCUGAUCUAGUUUGGCAUGAGAUAACGCCUAAGGUGCUGUUGGAUGAUCUAAACAUUGUCUAGCAGGCAGUGCUUGUUCUUUUCUGAUCUAAGGCCUGUUUAGACUCGAUGGUGAAGCACCUUCUGGCUUCUAGGAACCUUUUGGCUAACUUGGCGUAGAGGCUUUCAACACAUUUGAUGGAAAAUGAUUGAUAAGAGGCCCUGCACUCUACAAAUUCAUCUGACAAAGCAGACUAUGAGCAUUCUAGCUGCAAGAGAGGAGUCUAAGGUGACACACAACAACUCCUUGUUAUUGGAAAGUUCUCCUGCGCAGUAUAAAACUCUUGAUGCCAUUACAAGUUCUGGACAUGUACGGUAUGAGAAUGGGGAAGCUACUUGAUUAGAUAUCAAAAAGUGCAGCUCUUCCAUCCCAUCUUAACUGUUGGUAAAUGAUAAGGGAGCUCUCAAGAGGACCUUCCACAUUUACCAAGUUCUGCUUGAAGGGUCCUUAUAGUUUUUCUAUGCAGAGCCUCGCAGCCAGCUUUUUUCAUUGGUUUUCUUCCCUAUACAAAGGUGGGUGGGAUUUCCAGCAAAGUGGGGAGGACUCAUUGCUCAAAGAUGGAUGACAGUGCAAUCCUGUACAUGUCCUCUUGGAAGCAAGUGUCCCUGAAUUUCAUGGAACUUGCUCCCAGGUAAGCUAUGCACAGAUUUGCAGACCAAUCCCCCCCCCCCCAAAUCCUUUCUUACCCUACAGCUCUUGCCAUCUCAAGCUUAACAUGGUUUUUAUUAUUAUUUAAUGUCUGGGUAUUCUGCUAAUAUUGCACCUUGUGAAAUGUGAAUGCAAGAAUAUAUAGUGUUGAAAGGCAGAAGUAAGCUUUGCUGAAAAGGUCAGCAUAGUGUUCUAGUGGUGAGCUAUUAAGUUUUGCAACACAGCUUCAAAGACUGUUGGCUCCAUAAGGGUAAUGGGAUAUAUGGUGGCUAACAGGAUAUAAGAGUCUCCUAACUGGUUUCCACAGGUGAGAGUGCAUGACCUCUUGUUUGCCUGAAAUUUCAGAUAUUGACCAUAGAUAUCUGUACUACAUGGAGGCUGCAUUAUAACAAAAGCAGUGGGGACGGGGGGGGUAGCACUGAAAACUUGCCUUUUGUAGAUUGCCUCAAGUGAUUUGUAGGCUGACACACAUCCGUGCUCAAAACGCCAUGCAUGCUCCAGAAGUAAAUUCCAUUGAACUCCAUGGUAUUUUCUUACGAAUAAACAAGCAUGCAUAGGGUUGUCCUGUUAAGGGAAUGGAAAUGAUGGGGAGUGAAACUUCACAUGCACAUUCGUUCCCGACUUUUGUAGUGUUUUAGAUUUACUUGGUCUGUGGUUAUUCCUCCCCCCCCCUUUUAAAAACCACUAUCUGAAUAGAUUUCCCAUGUGAUGGCAGCAAUUUCAGAUAUCUCAGAGGAAAUAACCUUGUUUGCAAUUUCAUGCCAAGCACUGGGCCAAACUAGCGAUGAUAUAAGAGUUCUUAUCAUCUGUCAUGAUUUUUUAACAGCUGCAGAUUCCACCCGAUGCUCCCCCCCCCAUUGGAACUGUGAGGAGAGUUUCAACCUCCCACAUCUGUUUUCCAAUGGGGACAGUUUUAAGCCAGGAAAAACAUGAGAGGUGAAUUAUUAGCACUCAACACACACAGCCCCAUCCUUACAUAUUAAUUUAAUGACAUACAGUGCUAACUGCGGAUUUCAUAUCACAGGUAUUUAUAUUUGGAAAAACUCACCAUCAAUUUAGACAACAGAAACAGGUAUAUUUACCAAUGCGGUGCUUGGGUAUAAUGGAUGUCUUUUAAAAAUGAAAUAAAUAAUGCUCCAUAGUUGCAUGAAGGCUGCAUUUUAUGGGUAACCUAGAAGAGGACGAGGGAUUAUAUUUGAGAUUUAGAUUCACGUCCCAAUUGACCAACGGCAGAGAGUAUUGAAUGUCAUUUCAAGUUUGUCUCCUUUAGUAUUUUGUCAGUACCUGCAAUUGUAGCUGCCUCAAUGCCAAGAUUGGCCUCUUGUGCUUUGGUUGCAUCUGAAAUUCCCAAUUCUCAACCCCACCCUUCAAUUGAGAAGCUUAGAGGCACAAUGAAUGUUGUACUCUUCUCUGCACUAAAUUGAGGGCUUUACUCAAUGAACUGUGGCUUAAAAUGGCAUGCUGAGGCAUGACUAAAUACACAAUAGGCCUUCACAAUGGAACUCAUUUUUUAUAUACCUUAAGUCUAUCAAAAUGUCUUUUGACUCAAGGUUAAAACUAAUCCAAGAGAAAAUUGGCCUACAUACUCAAUCAGCACCGUGUUUAAUUAAAUUCAGGAGGGGUGUGUGAGUGAGUAGAUGAGAAUCUGUUUCAGACAGCCAGUCUGCAAGUGUCCAAAAAGUAAUAACAGUUUACCUUGGCAACACUUUGUAUACUACCUGCUUCUUGGUGGGACUAACUGAUUAGAAUAUCACAAGGGGGAAAAAUUACGCGAGCUCUCAGAAGAAGCAUUGAUGCCAAGCAUGAAACCUAUGCAUGCAGCAUGCUGAAGGUACUAUCAGUGAUACAAGGCAACAUCUUGUAUAUCAUCUGAAUCACUCCUCUAGCAUUUAAGUAACAUUACAGAAAGCUAAGCUGCAUGCUAGGCACUGAAAUCUAAACCAGCCAGAAGCUCCUGACAUGUUUGUAGACUGGAUAAAAGCAAGAUGGUAUCUUAUUGAGGGUGGGCCUAAGGCAUAGCUGUCAAUUUACAGAUUUGAAAAUAAGGGACCAGCAGCCUCGAAAAUAAGGGACCAGCAGCCAAAAUAAGAGAUUUUCAGGGCACAGGUAUGUUCAACUUCUGAGCCCCUCUGAGCCAAAAGCAGAAAGCCCAGCCAUCAGCCAAAGGAAGCCUCAAGCGGUGGGGUUCUCACAGUGCAGCAACCCGGCAAAGGGGAUGCAGCAAGGAAAACCACUGUCACCUCUCCGCUGGGAAACGCUGAGCAAUGGCGAGUCCCCAGGCAACGCGGCCGAUUUGAUCAGCACAAGGCAUGCAAGCUCCACCCCCCAGUUGUUCUUAGACUCCUUAUUGGGUGAGCAACGCAGCCAAGCAACCCAGUUGGAGCCUCCCUCCUCCCUGGCCGGCAGGAAGGGAGGGAGAGGAGCUGCUUCCUUUGAAACCCGGAAAAUUUAAGGGACAUCAUCAAUAAGGGGCAGCAGCGGGACACAGCACUGGGAUAAGGGAGUUUCCCACCAAAUAAGGGGCGGUUGACAGCUAUGGCCUAAGGAGUAGCUUCUUAUUUUGAUGAGCUUCCCUAGGACCCUUGUAUUGCAAGGCUUUGUACCCCAGUCCUAUGCACUGUGCAUGGUUAAAACUGGAAUUUGCUGCCAUAAGUGUAUGACUGUAAAAGGGGGUUAAACAAAUUCAUGGAGGAUGAGGUUAUGUUCUUUCUGCCUCCAUUGUCAGAGGGAGCAUGCCUCUGAAUACCAGUUCCUGGGAAUAACAAGUGAGGAAAAGUGGUCUGCAUAUAGACAUAGGACCUAGGUUGGGGUCUUCCUAUUCAGGCACCUGUUUGGCCACUGUGAGAAUAGGAUGCUGGACUUGAUGGGUCUUUGGCAAGACUCUUCUUAUGUUCCUCACUGUGCUAGCAAAUAUGAACCAAACCUCUUCUCUCUGGUUCUCUUAUAGCCUGUUCAGAUGCCAUUAGCAUAUAUGUGAAGUUAGGAUUUUUAUUUUUGCAUCCCAGUGUGCAUCGCUUCACACUUGCUUACACUGAACAGUGUUUGCCGUUUUUAUUUCCCAAUUCAUCCAGUUUGGAGAGUUCCUUUUGCAACUGCUUUACUUCUGUGCAGUUGACCAGGUUCCACAAAAACUCACAUGCCCCCUUCGAUCCUUUAUCUAGGCAAUUGAAAAUAAUUAUCAGAGUUACGGACAUAUUCGAGCAAAAAAAAAAGUGCUUAAGUGUGUGAAGCAAGGCAAGUGAGGAAUCUGGCCUGGAGAGAGAUUCAAGGGUCAGACAGAGGCAUGGAGGGCUUAAUUGAGGCCCUGGGUAAUUAAAAGGGAUCCCAAAUCCAGAUCCUUGGGGGGCUCCAAUUUCUCCAUCCCUCCAUUUUGAGAACUGUCAGCUUUUUCCUGUUUCUUAACCUGGUCCAUAAGAUCACCUGACCUAUUUUCCCAUAACUGCUAAGCUCACUAAGGAGUCUCUGAUGAGGACUUUGUCAAAAGCUUGUUGAAAAUUCAAGUACACAAACGAAAUAAAACCAAAAAUCAGGUUCAAGCAAAAAGGCAGCAGAAGAAUUAGGAAUUCCAGUGUGAGAGUUGUCUAAUGCCUGACCAAAUGUUCUCUUCAUGCCCCAAAACCUGGAAUGGUGCAGAACAAAGCUCCUAGUAAGGGAAUUCCAUAGACAAGGUGCCACGACUGGAAAAGGUUGUUCUGGUUGCCACCCGCAUUACUUCUGAUGGCAGGGGAUUUGGAGGGUCUUCAGAAUAUAAUCUUAAUGCACAGGUAGAAUUGUGCAAUAGGAGGAGGGUUUUUAGUAUCCAGGCCACAUACAGAUGUGCUCAGUUUAUCCAUUGUUUUGCGGGUCAGAUCUGUUUCUACCAUAAGCAUGAUGGUGCCACAUCAAGUGAAGCAGAAGGUGGCUCCUUGUGAAAUUGUUACCGUAUUUUUCACCCUAUAGGACGCACUUUUUCCCCUCCAAAAAUGAAGGGGAAAUGUGUGUGCGUCCUAUGGGGCGAAUACAGGCUUUUGCUGAAGCCUGGUGAGUGAUCGGGGUCGGUGCGCACUGAGCCCUCUCCCUCUCCAGGUUUCAGAAAGCUCUGUGCAGCCCUAGGGAGCCCGGCGCGAAGCCGCGCCGGGCUCCCGAAGGUUGCGCAGAGCUGCCUGUGCUCCCGGGCUUCGCGCAGCUCCGCUCGGGCUUCCCCCGCCUCCCGAAGGUUGCGCAGAGCUGCCUGCGCUCCCGGGCUCCGCGCAACCCCCCGGAGCCCGGCACGAAGCCGUGCUGGGCUCGUGAAGGUUGCCAAGCUCCCAGAGCGAUGCUGAAGCUCUGCGCAGCUUUGGCAUCGCUCUGGGACCCGCGCUGGGGUCGGGGGAAGCUUGGGCUUCCCCCGCCCCCAGCCGCGCAAGCUCCCAAAGCGAUGCCGAAGCUGCGCUCAGCUUCGGCAUCGCUCUGGCUCCAGUUCUGGGGGCUGGGGUCGGGGGAAGCUCGGGCUUCCCUCGCCCCAGCCCCACGCCUGGGUGGGGUGGGGGAAUAAUUUUUUCCCCUUUAUUUCCCCCCAAAAAUCUAGGUGCGUCCUAUGGGCCGGUGCGUCCUAUAGGGCAAAAAAUACGGUAGUUCCGGAGCCUUAGUUGUAAGCCUUGGAGGUUGCUUGUGGAAUACAGCAGCAGAAGGUCCUUUGCCUACGUAAACAGGUCCCUAGACUGCUCAGUGCCAUGCAGCUGGCUUUGCUGUGCUCAGAUCAGAGAUAACCUUCACAGCUCAGCAGGCCUCACAGAGCUGAAAGAUAAGAGCAUGUGGGUGUGUUUCUGUCUUCAUCUGUGAGGUCUGAUGGGAAAGACAUCUGUAUAUGCUUUGUUAAGUAGAAAGGAAUCAGCCGUCACCUCUGCUGGGAGGAGUCUUAAGUAAAAAAAUAAUAGGUUAGCUUGAUGGGCUUAAUGUGCUUUUCCAACCACAGGGGAUAAAUGCAGCUUGCGAUCACCCUUUCAGCUCUCAUAAAAUUUACUGCAAACCCUUAGCCAGUUUCUGUGUCAUCAGCCCUUGCUUUCUAAAAGUUGAAUUAAUGCUAGCCUAAUCACCUCUGGGGUGGUGAAAGGGAUUACUUAUGUAAUAAGUGGAGAUGGCUGAGUGUUCACAUACUACUUUUUGUAAGAUUAUGCCCCUAGUGAUGUCUCUGUCAUCCUUUUACUCUAAUUGAGGUUGUGUUAACUAUCGGCCUUGAUCCUCAGGUCACUGAGGGGUAAUUUUGUGGCGAUUACUAAUGUACUUCCUGUGAGCCAAAGAGUCUGUCUGGUCCUUGGCAUAAUGGGACUUGUGUGCCAGGCACAAAAAGGGGAGGGAGGUAGCAGAAUUAAAUAUUUGGGCCUGACACGGGUCCAGGAGGCAAAAGCAUCUGGUUGGUUGAAAGAGUAAGGGGACAAGCAGGCUCAGUGUUUCUCAAAGCUGGGUCCCCAGCUGUUGUUGGACCACAACUCUCAUCAUCCCUGACCACUGGUCCUGCCUAGCUAGGGAUGAUGGGAAUUGUGGUCCAACAACAACUGGGGAAAUGCUAGGCUAAAUCGUGCAUGGGCAGACCUCAGGCUUGUCAGAUGCACUUAUAAUAGAACCACGGGAGCCAAGUGCAAAGGAAAUGCAGUUUGGCUUUAAAGAUCAGGGUGCCUCUGAACACUUUCUUGAGUCUAGAGUUUUGCUUUCAGUACCAGAACUUAACUGAGGUCAGCGUCCACAUCAGGCAUUUAAAACAUUACUGUACCGCUUCAGCAGUCAUUGAGAAUCCAGGGGACUGUAGUGCAAGGAUGCUGAAUCACAGUGGUACCUCAGGUUAAGUACUUAAUUCGUUCCAGAGGUCUGUUCUUAACCUGAAACUGUUCUUAACCUGAAGCACUACUUUAGCUAAUGGGGCCUCCUGCUGCCACCACACUGCCAGAGCUCGAUUUCUGUUCUCAUCCUGAAGCAAAGUUCUUAACCCGAGGUAAUAUUUCUGGGAUAGCGAAGUCAACAGCCUCAACAAAGUGCAGUUCCCUGGAUUCUUUGGGAAGAAGAGAUGACUGUUAGGUCACACUCACAACAUACAUUUAAAGCACUGAGUUGAGCAUCCAGCUAUUUCACAUAAGAGUCUGUUCCUCCUUAGCUUCCUUCAUAUCGGAAGCCUACUUUAGGGGAAAGUACUUUUGUUGCUGCUGUUAAAACCCCUUGCUGACCUACUGGAAAUCAUGCAGAGAAUCAUCAGUAGAUCUUCCCCUACCCCCUGGGUCAAAUAGGCAAUGAUAAAGAGUAAAUAGAUGUCUCUGAUUCAGGUGACGGAAAAACUCCAAACAACUGCAAGACUUCAUUUCUUGGGUGUGUAAUACUUUUGAAACCUGGCCUACACGAGAAGCAGGUGGUAGAAGACAAGGGCUUCAGAUUGCAGGCAGGAAUCCUGUGCUUAUUAUGGUACCCCAUUAUUAUUCUAAUAUUACAAUUAUCACCCAUCCUUCAGCCUAAGGUCCCAGAGUGGGUUGCAGCAAUUAAAACAUGGUUAAACACGGUAAACACAACCCUGCCCAAAACCAAGUAUAGCAAGAAGAGGAGGACUAUCCCAGCCUACUUCUUGCUGUGCCAGUUUUCUACUUGCAUGGAAUCUUUUAUGCAAGGGAGCAUUUGGAAACCACAACCGUCCCACCUGCAGUCUGAAGCGAUAUGCUACCUUCUCUUGUGCCAUUUUGUAGCCUUUGUAAAUCAUGACUCAACUCUUGUUUGAAAUGCUUAACUGCCUUUUCCCUUCUGGUCAUACAAGCUCAGCGGGAGAGAGCAGUACUUGCUGUGAAGUUACAACCCCCCCCCCCCCGGAGAAACCAUAAUAUGUUUUAUUGAUGACUAUAUUGGGUUAAAUUCAAUUUCUACCAUCACUUUGCACAUUAUGUGGAAUAGGCUAUGCUACCUAUUAUUCCAUUCAUUCUUGGCUUGUGUUCAGGAGAAACUGGGAGGUCUGUCAAUGUCUUGGUAUAUGUUUCUCAAAGAGCAGAACUUUUUAAACAGGCAAAACUAUUAAUGACUUUUGCUUCAUUUUAGAAGAUCAUUUGUGAGGGUUGCGGGGCAGGGAGGUAUUUAAAUGCCACAGCUUUCAGAGGAAUGAGUUAUAAUAUGCCAAGUCCUUUCUUUGAGCUUUUUGAACACCCCAGAUGGAGGUCUGCAUAAGGAAAUGGCACCUUUUAAAACUGUCUUUUUAAAUGUACAGCUCCAUCCUGCUGAAGCAAAGGACUAGUAUAUGGUGCUUCCUUAACUGUAAGUAGGAACAGAUGUCUGUAAAAGGGAGAAAUACUGUAUGCCCACUGUAGAGCACUGGCACUGUAGGGUUGGCUGGCGGACUUAGAAAAGAGAGUUGUAAAAUAGUCACACUCCUGGUCACCUGUGGUGAGUAAGAAUUGUGUCCAGGUGACCAGACAGGGAAGCUUUAUGAGGAAUGCAUGUCUUCACCUCUCCCCAAGUCCUUGGAACCAGAUACAACUGAAGCUGGUAUCUGUGGCCAUGUGGGCUAGUUGAGAUUCUUGGGAGCUAGUAACUUGAAACUUCUUAACAAAGCUGUCAUAAUGUGUCCACCAUGACACCCAUCUAUAACCUGAUCUGAACUGUAACUAUCAGUGUUGGAAACUUAAGAUAAAUAAGCUAGGUGCCAAAUGGCUCCUUAAACCAAGGGUUUAACUAGAAUGUCUAGUUGCCAUUUUGGGGCAAGACACCUCUAAAGUCUUAUUUUUCAAAUGACUCACUGACUGUGAUUGAUUCUCAAUAAAACAUUUGACUAGUUCAGAUAAAAUAUCACUGAUAAAAUUCUACAGAGUGGGGUAUUAGUGUGUGAAAACAGUCCAGAUCCAAUGAUCUGGUGCCUGGCUAAUUUCAAACACUGGUAACUAUUCUCAGGUUCCCAGGAUAAAAUAUUGUUGACAUAAGGAUAGAUCCUGGUUGGACCAAACUGGGCACUCAAAUAAGUGAAAACAUUUUUCAUUUUUCAAAGGAAAGAGUGCAGUGCCUGGGAAAUGGUGACCUUCCAAGUAUGAACUAGACCAAUAUCUUGGUGAACAACCCCAUGUUUGCAAAUACUUGGAAUGCUCCCACUUGACUUUUAACUUUGGAUGACCUGGGACACUCUUGGCACUUGUGAUCUCAACAGUCCAUCUUGCCACCAGCCAUGCGAACUGUGCAACCGCCAGAAUUAUAGUAUGUGGAAAUGUCCCAAGGAAAAGGGUAGCUGCUCUCUUGUUUCUUGUGGACAAAGUGUGGACUAACCUGCCUCUUCCGACAUACUUUUUGUCAUACUAUAAUUGUGCUGUGCCAUCUUGACCUUUAUAGUAUCUUAAUGGUGUACAUAAAAGCUAUGGCUUUAAUGUACUGUUGGGAGAAAUGGUGAAUUAUCCCAGUAAAUUGCUUUUGAAAGUGUUUCCCUCUCACCUUUGAAUGAAAGGAAUGGAGAUAGCUCUGUAGGUAGAACACGACGCUCUUAAUCUCAGGGCUGUGGGUUCAAGCACCAUGUUCGGCAAAAGAUUCCUGUGUUGUAAGACUCGAUGACGCUCGUGGUCCCUUCCAACUCUAUAAUUUUAUGAUUCCAUGAAUGGAAAACCUCAGUGCAUCGUCUUUGCUUACUCCUAGGCCAUGCUUCCUGUUUUUUGCAGUAAGUGGUGAGGUAAAUCCUUCAGGUGGGAAAUAAUCUAGAGAUUUAAAGUCAUGGCCAAUGCUUGACUAGGAGGAUGUGGGUGUUGUCUGAACAUCCUAAUCCGUCACCUUGAUGGGCUUUGUUCACAAGAUGCCGUAUCUGCCAAUAGAUCUCGUGAUAUCAAGUGUCCAGGCUUACCUUGCUGUUUCUGAGAGAGAUAGCAGUGAGUCAGCAUGGAAACUGCCUGGUGUCUCCCUCUCAAGGACAACCUACUGUCUGGAUAAGACACCUGCUAAAAUGUUAUUCACGUAGGAGGCAAGUCUAGCAGCAUCACAGCAAAGCAAGCAAGGACAGCACAGUACAGUGGUACCUUGGUUCUCAAACUAAAUCCGUACCGGAAGUUUGUUCCAAAACCAGGACACACUUUCCCAUAGAAAGUAAUGCAAAAUGGAUUAAUCCUUUCCAGACUUUUAAAAACAACCCCUAAAACAACAAUUUAACAUGGAUUUUUACUUUCUAAUGAGACCAUUGAGCCAUAAAAUGAAAGCAAUAAACAAUGUACUGCAGUCACACAAUCAAUCAGUAGCUGAACUGGGUUCCAAACAGUUAUAAAAACAAAACAAAAAAGAGCUGCAAAACGAAAAGCAAAAACAAACAGAAGUGUGGCACUCAAAACGGAAGUGUAACACUCAAAACGGAGCACGUUUGGCUUCCGAAGAGUUCGCAGACUGGAACACUUACUUCCAGGUUUGCAGUGUUUGGGUUGCAAGUUGUUUGAGUACCAAGGUGUUUGAGAACCAAUGUACCACUGUAGCAAUCUGAAACAUAAAUUUGGUUGCAGUAAAAAAAAAAAAAAGAUGUGGGUGGUGCUGUGGGUUAAACCAUAGAGCCUAGGGCUUGCCAGUCAAGUGGUCGGUGGUUCGAAUCCCCGUGAUGGGGUGAGCUCCCGCUGUUCGGUCCCUGCUCCUGCUAAUCUAGCAGUUCGAAAGCAUGUCAAAGUGCAAGUAGAUAAAUAGGCACCGCUCCGGCGGGAAGGUAAAUGGCGCUUCCGUGUGCUGCUCUGGUUCACCAGAAGCAGCUUAGUCAUGCUGGCCACAUGACUUGGAAGCUGUACGCUGGCUCCCUUGGCCAGUAAAGCAAGAUGAGCACCACAAGCCCAGAGUCGUCCACAACUGGACCUAAUGGUCAGGGGUCCCUUUACCUUAAAAAAAAAAAAAGUUCAAGCAAAUUUAAACACUUUUAGAUAUAGUUAAAUGAAAAAGGUGUGGUGCUCUCCACACUCUUCCAAGCGCAGCUAAUGGAGUUUCUGGUAUUCCUUCAUCUACCAACUCGAGCUUGAGUUGACAGAAGCCACUCAAGCAUGUUUAGUCUCCAUACAAGAUCUGAAUGGUUUGUACACAUCACAAUAUGUCUUUGGUCUAGCUUACAGUAAUAGUUGAUGGGAUGAUAAGAUCGGUUUCUGGAUAAUGCCACAUCAGACUACAGCUGCCAGAUCUCAUGGUUGAAGGCUCCUCUGUAUUAAAGCAGCUGAGGCUAGAAAAUUAGAUACUGUGAAGAGUUUUCAUCUAGCUUCUACCUCCUGAUGUGCAAGUACAGGAUUCCACCUACCCCAUGGGAUGGCUUCCAACUAUGCAAUCUUCCUCAGGCAGUUUGAAGUGGUGCAGUCCAAUCACCGCUGUGUCAGCUGCUUUCCCCCAAAGGCAGCUGUUGCUUCAGUCAAAUAACUUUCUAGAACUUGUUUUUUUGCAGAGUGGAAUUAUCAGCGGGCAGCUAAGGGAGGGUUAGAAUUUAGAGACCAUCUUGUUAGAACCCCAAAUGACAAUAGAUCUUGUUGUUGUUUUCCCCCCUUGAAGGCCAACUGCUGCUUAAUAAGCAACCCACAUUAAGAGCCAUCGAUUUGUCUAAGCAGUUGGACCUGCUCUGCUUGAAGCCCAACAGGCUGUAGCUGAGCAAAGUGCAUGGCACUAUAGCUCAUUAAGAACUUGCACACUGAGUAAAAUGAGCAGCUGCACAGUUUGCAAAGUGGUGAGUUAAAGUGGUGAAGCUUACCAAGCUUUCUUAUCGCCUUCCUUGUUCUUGAACUUCAGAAUCUUUUGAAAACUUGGAGCAGCUAAAAUUAGCAGAUGGUGAUCAACAUCACCACACAUACAGCUGUCCUUUAUUGAAGCUCAGAGAUAGCUGAUCUCAAUCUUAAUUCCUACAAGAUAAUUUGCUGGGUUUUCUGUUUUAAAAAAAGACUAAAUUGAGAAGAGAAUUUUGGUUGCAUUAGUCUGAAUGCCACAAGGGGUCUGGCUUGAACUCAAUAUAUAUAUUCUUGGAUACAUAUUCUUGGAACUCCGGUGAUGGAGUUGGCACCAAUCCAAUAUAUUUUGGUGCCUGAAGCAGAGCCUUAGUGACACACCUUGCUAGGGCCAGCACUCAUCUUGCUGUACUUUUUUGGACACGAGUUUUUUCCUUCAGCCAGCUCGCCACUUCAUAGUGAUGUUUGAAAUAGGCUCCUUGUGGUCUACCUGAAGGCAUAAUCCAUGGCAUAAUGACCUACCCAAGAUAUUUAGUAUGUAGCCUGUAAAAUAUUGGAGUUUUCUCCCUGUUUCGAUGUAAAUACUAUGGGCAUAACUCAAGCUGAUAAUCCAGCUGUUUUAGGAAAGCAUCAAUAAAAAGUAUAUGUGCCUUAAAAUCUUUCCCACACAUGUCUCAUUUGAAAUGGGGUGGGGAAGAAGAGACUAUUACUUUGUCUCCACCUGGAGAAUAUACAUCCUUCCCAUCCACAGCCUUCCAGCUGAGACAUCCUUGAAAUACAUGUAUUCAGAGUGUCUUCAUAAAUGCUGCUGGAAGUAUAGGGAAAACCCAAUAAAAACAUUUGCUAUACCAAGGACAGCAUUCAGAGACUCUUAAUAGGAAAUAGUUGUGUCAAUCUCUUGUUAUCAAAGAAACCCAACCAGAGGGUAAAGGUAAAGGGACUCUUGACCGUUAAGUCCAGUCGCGGAUGACUCUGGGGUUGUGGAGCUCAUCUCGCUUUAGUGGCUGAGGGAGCUGGCGUUUGUCCGCAGACAGCUUCCAGGUCAUGUGGCCAGCAUGACUAAGCCGCUUCUGGAGAACCAGAGCAGCACACGGAAACGCCGUUUACCUUCCCACCAGAGCAGUACCUAUUUAUCUACUUGCACUUUGACGUGCUUUUGAACUGCUAGGUUGGCAGGAGCAGGGACCGAGCAACGGGAGCUCACCCCGUUGCAGGGAUUUGAACCGCUGACCUUCCGAUCAGCAAGCCCAAGAGGCUCGGUGGUUUAGACCACAGCAUUCAAAUAACUUUCUGGAGAUUUCAAUUCAAAGAGGCUGGAUUCUCAACUCCUACAAUAAUGCGUGGGUUGGGAUGCGCUGAUCCUUUGGAAUUCGUACUUGGGAAUUAAAAUGUAUUAACAGUUUCUGAUAAAAAUGUGAUAUUAACAAUGUAUCUCUUAUGUGAAUUGCAUAUUAGUUCAUGCUUAUCAAAAUAAUAAAAAGUGUUGUCCCCCCACCAAAAUAAGAGGUGAUUAGAUAUUCUGUUUUGGUGCCCACAACCUAGCCAUUGGACCUCCUAGUUUUCUAUCCCAGUUUCUAGCACUGUUCGAUAUCUUGAGAGCCAAAAUCGUAGAACCUGUAACACUAUAUAUAUAUGUUUUACUUUUAAAGGUAUGCAUGUGCAGUCAAAUUGCCUGGAGGUGAAAAGUAACAAGCGCUUCUCACAAGUUCAUGAGAAGAGUGUAGGGCUACCAGAAGCCUCCCCUGUAGCUAUCUACCUCCAGUAUAGAGAUGCUUUUUUAUUUUAACAAACUGAACACCUGCAUAGGACAAGCUUCUACAAGAAAGUGUUCAGAACAGAAUCCACAUUGCAUGCUUUAGUCUCACUGAAAAGUGUCUAGUAUUUGAAACCUUUCACUUGAUAUCUAUGAGAUGAGGGAACUUAUCCAUGAGAUAAGUUCUAAGACAGCUUCCAAUACCUCUCGUUGGGAAUGAAAGCUGCCAAACAUGCCAGGGCUGUGUUUGGUUUCUCAUCCUUGGAGGAACUUUCUCUUGAUCUUCUGGGCAGUUUUAGACCUCCAAAGCAAUGAUCCGUAACUAGCUUUCUUCCAUGCCAGCAGAAUGGUUUGUGUAUGCCUUAAGCAUUUGGUGCUGCUAGCGCAAAUGUGAACGGUUGCCUUGUAAAUCCUGUAGGAUUAAGGACAUAAAAAUGCACAAAAUCGAUUGCCUCCUAAUCCUUGCCUCAGAUGUCAGCAUUGUGAUGUGGCAGUGGAGGUAUGUGAAAGAGACAAAAUGCUAUUUCAGAGGCUGUGCAUUGACACACAGGGUCUGUGAUGUGGAACAACUAUGUGGGAUGUGAUGCAAAAAUCCUAUUUGAGGAGAGCCAAACGUGACAUCCAGAACCGCCAAGACUGUUAACUGUUUGUAUGGAAGCAACUUCAUGCAGAUAGGAUCAUCUGUCUUGGUGCUGGUGACCAUUUAUCCCAACUGAUUCUUCCCUCCAGUGGGCAACCUUUUUCCACUACUGCCAACCAGCCUAAUUUCAUGUGACCCUCCAGAUGUUGCAGGCCCACUUUGACUUCCCUCUGGGAACCCUCUUUCUCACUGUGCACCGGAGGGAAGGAGGGAUGUAGCGAUGGCACAGAGUAGCACAGGGCUGCAAAUUUUGCCCACUUUUUGCUCCGGCAGUCCCUGGCAGGAUAGCCUGAAGGAUAUGCAUCCCUCAAGAGUGAAAAGGUUCCCCAGCUCUGCUCUAAAUCUAGUUUGAUAUCCUCUUGAAGGCAGGAAAACUGCUGUUCCUUUAACAGUAGAACGGAUGCUUAAGAGGCAGGCUGACACAGCUGGAACACAAUGGAGAAAUGGAAUCAAACCAUAUAGAUAAGAUAGCCCUGCAGGGAAAGUCUCUUUCUCUGUGAGUGUUUAUCUUGAUGUAGCAAAGAGUGCAGAUAGGCACUCAUACAAAGGGGAAUAUAACUUAAAGGUUUGCAGAAAACAGCCUUGCAGCACUCUAGAUAGAGGAUGAGCCCAAAAUACAUGUGAAAAGCUGUCAUUACCUACCUUACCUGUCUGCCCAAACGAGGGCAUGUUGUGUUUCUGUAGUGUCCAGUGUUUUGUGAAAAGGGACUUGGGGAAGGAGUUCAUCUGAUGCUCCCAAGUAAAACCCUUGUUUGAUCUCAUCACCAAUAAAAAGACCAUCAUUUAGCAAGGAUUGUAGGCUUGUUUUUGGAUAAGGAAGUUUGUGUUGAGGGCUCUCAGCUGGCCAAAUGGCUUGAAAAGAGUGUAGAAUCAAAUUUCUACAUUUGAUAUAAUGCAGCCAAAGAAUUUAAUGGCUUCAGGGGUAUUCUGAACACGUUCACCACAAGCUCUAGUAUCAGAGUAGUUUCUGUGUGCCUUUUUCAUGGCCCACAGGCAGUGACGCUGGGCAGAAAAGUUUCCAGUUCUUUUAUUUUUCCACAUCCAACCCCCCUCCCGCAUUUCAUAAACAUGAAAAGAUGUCAGUUGCAAGUAUGAUAUUGGCCAAGCUUCUCUGUUUCAAAGAAAGUAAACCUGCUAAAUUAGAUCACACUCUAGGGCAUCAGAACAUUUUACUUAGCAAACCAAUUUUUUUCCUAAUGAAAGUUGCUCUUAAAAUUUUCCAAUUCUUACUUUUCCCCUGCUCUUACUUACUUUCUUAUAUGACCAUGUGUAUCUGUUUAAUUAUACUAAUUGCAUCUCUUCUCUAGUGCCAGUACUUUGCUAAACAAAUAGUGGAAUGAAAUGAUUCCAGUAUUGCUUGUGUAAGUGUCUAAAAGACACAUUGCAGAAAAGAGUGUAAAUUGGAAACAAAACUUCCAUGUGUGCCUUGCAUGAUUCUGAAUCUUUAUGUCUUAUUGCUAUGCAAAAAUGAAUCAUCAUAAUAAUAAGUUCCUCUGUGGCUCUUCUAAUCUCUGUUCAGCAUGUAAUUAUUAUUCACUAUGGCUGUGAAGCAAGCUUCAUUUUUGUAGCUUACAGUAUGGGUAUAUUCAGAAAGGAGUAGGGAGGUGGAAUAAAGCAGUGUUCUUUACAGUGCAACUAACUGCCCUUUAUUUUCAAUACUGAAUGGUCCGGCUUUGCCAAGAAGGAUCUAUCAGGGUUUAUAUGUGUACAGUAGGUGUUUGUCUUUGUUUGUAAGGGUAUUGCAGAUACAGACAUACAUACAUACAUACAUACAUACACCCUCUCGCCCUACCCUUAGUCCUUGCAGAAUAAAAAGUAUUCCUCUAUAUGGCAUCCCACCUAGCAUAGUGAUGGGCAUUUUGCUAGGAUUUGUAAUGUGUGCAGGAAACAAUCAACGGAGAAUAUUCUAAAUGUACUUUGUUUUCUGUUCUGUAGCAACCAGCAGACAUCAGUUUCCCACCUGAAGACAUGGACUCAUCUGGUGAUGAUUACGACUCUUUUUCUGGUUCUGGAGCAGGUAAGCUUGUUUCUGUGUUUGCUUAGCUGUGAACAAAGCGCUUCCUGAACUCUUGGGUUCUGAACAGCUCUAACUCUUUAAGCUUAUACAGUGGUACCUCGGGUUACAAACGCUUCAGGUUACAUACGCUUCAGGUUACAGACUCCGCUAACCCAGAAAUAUGACCUCGGGUUAAGAACUUUGCUUCAGGACGAGAACAGAAAUCGCACAGCAGCGGCGCGGCAGCAGCGGGAGGCCCCAUUAGCUAAAGUGGUGCUUCAGGUUAAGAACAGUUUCAGGUUAAGAACGGACCUCUGGAACGAAUUAAGUACUUAACCCGAGGUACCACUAUCAUAAUUAGUUGGCCACGGGGUGGGAAUUGGCUAUUGAAGAGAUAGGGAUUCCUCAGACUUCUUGAACCACUUGGGUGAGCUUCCUCUUACACAAUGUAGUGUGUUUUUAGAGGCCUCCUGUGUACUGACUAAAACGAAUACUGAUGCUUUGGUUUCUUUGUCAGGCCAUCCUGCAACCUUCGUAAAAGUUUCACUACAAGGAAGAACAAAUAUGUCGUCGUUGCCUGAAUCCUCAACUGACUCGGAAUAUAAGCAGCCUGAGGUACAGCAAACAGACAGCCCUACAGAAGACUAUCCAGGAGGACCUGUGUCCCAAACAAGCAUGCCUUCAGUCCCAUUGAUGGAUCUGGUGACCGACAAGACAGCAGUAGCUACAGAAUAUGAGCUGGACUCAUUUACUGAACAAGGAACAACAAGGUCUCCGGUCGUAACGACUAGAAUCCCAGCGACUCACCACAUUUCCACAGUCAGAACCACAACCUCUCAAAUUUCUAGCACACACUUCAUUGAGGCAGAAGUCUACCAAGAUGUCCAUCAAGCAUCAAGCACUGAUGAUGCAACACCUGCUUUGGACUUUGUGCCAACUAGUGAGAGAAGUCUGGAUACUGCAAGUCCCACUACAAUAUCCUCUGGUGACCAGAAUGAAAUCCCUUCUUUGCCCGAUGACGGAGGCAUCCUAAUUGAGGAUGGUUCUGGAAGUAAGGUAAGAACGAGACACUGUUCACCAUGCUGCUACAUAAAUUUAACUCUUACGCCGAAAUGCAAGCAAUUGCCCUUCAGCUUUGCCAUUGACCUGUGCUAUAGCUUGCAGACUGUUUAAAUGCAGACUUUGAGCACAUGUCAUGAUAGAACUUUGAGUAGCAACGCUGCCUCAGAAACUCUUGUAGCUGUGUGAACAACAUACAUGCACUGAAUCUGUGGAAAGAAAAUUUAAAAUGGUGUGAUUGUUCUUCUAUGCAGGAUGACUUUUCAAUUGAUCUACGUGGAGAAAAUUCAGUACUAGGAGUGGGAUCUCAGCCCGGUGAUAAAUCAGUAGAUACAGAAACAAAGAAUGCAAAAUCUGCAGGAACCGCCCAAGGAAUAAUGGACAGGAAAGAAGUUCUAGGAGGUAUGUGAAAUUAGAUGAUCUCUCUCUCUCUCUCUCUCUCUCUCUCUCUCCCUCCCUCUCCUUCUUUCCCUGCUUGGUUUAAACUAGUUAUUGUGCAACCUCUAGCACUAUCUCAGUUGACAGCUGUUGCUGAGCUGCCAUACUGUUUUCUGCACAGCAAAGCUGCAGUAUGAACUUGAGGAGCUCUACACUUGUCACAACCUCAACAGCUGCUGUAGAGUAGCUGCUCACAUUGGUAUCACUGUAUGGUUAAUUAUGCCCAGGGCAACCCAGUACUAUGCUAAGCAUCUUAUGGGUUGAAGUUCCUAUAUGGCUUUGUGACAACAGAUGACAAAGCCUAAGCACAACUAGUGCAUCCCCACUCUUGCUUCCUUAGCAUGUGGAGGGUGAGCAGGGCCUUUGUGUAGAGGGCACAUGAUCGGGACCUUAAAUAUGUGUUCAGAAGGCUGUGCUCAAUGGAGAAUACUUCUGUAUGCACCAUUCUUAGCAGCUUGGAGGAAAAAGGUUAGCCCCCAAAGCUGGACACUUGGAUUGUUUCACCUGGACCAGAAAUGGGGAAUCUGUAGGCUCUCAGACCUUGUUGGGCUCUCAACUCCCAACCAGCAUGGCUGAUGAUGGGAAUUUAUAGACAAAACAAUAUCUGGAGGGCAUCAUGUUGUCUAGCCCUGAUCCAGACUGGAGAUUCCACAGAAACAACUCUAUUUGUAGCAUGCCUUUGUCUGGCUGUUCUUUUUACGAAGCGUUGGUCACUCUUGGAGAAACAUAAGAAGCAUCAGUGGGGCCAACCAGAUGCCUGUGGGGAAACUCUCAAGCAGGGUCUGAGUAUAAGGGCAUGCUCCCCUCCUGUGGUCUCCAGCAACUAGUAUUUGGAAGUGUUUGCGCCUCCAGUUGUGUUAGCGCCUCCAGUUGCAGACCAUAGCCAUCAUGGCUUGUAGCCAUGGAAAGUUCUCCGAAUGGAGAGAUGUAGAAAGUAGAGUCCCUCAAGGAUUGCUGUUGGGGCCUGUGCUUCUUUUAACUUGUUUAUAAAUGAUCUAGAAUUAGGGAUGAGCAGUGAGGUGGGCAAAUUUGCUGGGGGGGUGAUACUUUAUCUUUUUUAAAAAAAAAACAUAAUCUUUAUUGUUAUCACACAUUAAUGACAUAAAACUCAACAGAUAUUACACAAUACACAGUACAUACAUUUCAUACAAUACCUACCCUCGUACCUUUUCAUUGGACAUCACACAACACACAUUUGACUUUCAACUUUCCCCUUAAUGCUUUGUUAUCAGUCUUAACUCAAUACGCAUGUCACAGUUUCCUUUUGUUUCUCUAUAUAUAUUUUACCAUAUCUUCCCUCUAUUUACAAGAUUUAGUCUGAAUCUGCUAGGAGAUUUGCAUUGUCCAUAUAGUUUUUAAGAUAUUCUUUAAGAAUUAACUAUUCUUUAUUAACUUUUUGAACAGUGUUUCCUUUUACUCUCCCCGUUAGUUUUGCAAGAUGUAAAUAUUCAAUCGUUUUAGCUAACCAGUCAGAUUUGAUGGGGAUUAUGUUGCUUUUCCAAUUUUUCGCUAUGAGAAUUCUUGCCUCUGUGGUGGCAUACAUAACGAGUGGUCUACAUGUUGUCUUGAUUUCCGAGGACAUGAUACCGAGCAGGAAUGCUACUGGGUUUUUCGUGUGAAAAGUAUACUUUAUCACUUCAUUUAUUCCUAAUCUGAAUACAUCUAACUCGGCACUUGCUUUUUCCACAGGAGUCAUCGCUGGCGGACUAGUAGGUCUGCUGUUUGCUGGAUUCCUAGUUGGGUUCAUGCUGUACAGAAUGAAGAAAAAAGAUGAAGGAAGCUACUCACUGGAUGAGCCAAAACAGUCAAAUGGAGGCUAUCAGAAACCACAGAAACAAGAAGAAUUCUACGCAUGAACAAAGAAAGUUUAAAAGACAUUUGGAUGUCUCCUGGACAUCAUGAGUUCUCACUGCGUUUUAAAAAGGGGUGGGGGGAACUAAAAGCCAUAGGACUGAGCUUAAGCCUCUGCCUCCUUACCAUUGGGAACGCCUCUAUUUUUCCAAAGUCAAUCUGGAUUAAUUAAAACCAUACCUGCUUUCUUGCACAAAGAUUACCUUUAAAGUGGAACCUUAGCCUUAGUCUAAGGACUCCUGGGGAAAAGAUAAGGAACCGAUUGUAUAUAGUCUUGACGUCCUAGGAACAUGCACCAAGAAAUUAGUAAGGUAUAAUGUGCAUGUCUGUAUGCUAAAGACAUUUCGGCACCCCAACGCUUAGUAGCCAUCCCUGUGUGCAUUAGAGAAUGUUCUUUUCUUUUUUAAAAAAAUAAUAAUAAAACUGGUUAUUAUGUGGCUUUCAAUGUUCCCACCCCCUUUUCACUGGUAACACUCAGUCACUCUAUUGCAGCUGAAUGGUGUGUGAACGAAGACCCUCCUCAAAUUAAAAGGUCUGUCCAAAGAGAUGGAGUUCUUAAAAGUUAGGCGUAUGACUCCUCUGGAAUUCUAGUGGGAGAAAUUUUAUACACUGUGCUUUGUAAUAUGAGGGAACAUAGAGGUGGAAGCAUUGAGGUGUGCACACUUUUCCAGUUACUUCUGGUCCUACUGGCUGUAGUGUUGUCCUUGUUCCCUGUGUACCAGGUCCACAUAGUAGUCCCGGAGCCACCGUUUGUUAUCUACCUCUUCUGCAUUGCAUUUUUGGGAUAGUGGCUACUUCUCCACUGGAUUUCCAAACUCCCUCUGCCACCCGGUACCUAAAAUGCAGGGUGUGGCAAUCAGCGUACAGGACGGAGCCUGUUAAGGGGUGAUGAGAGCUUCUGUUGCUGCCAAGUCCCAGGGACUAGAAUCAUAUUAGACUGGCGUUUGUAGUUGAGGUUCUGGGAGCGCAGGCUCAACAUGCAGAGCCUGAGGGAGUUAGCAUCUAUUAAUGUGCGUGGCUGGCUUUUAUCUCGGUCCAACUUGUGUCAGAGCGUUAAGAGAGUUUGGAGAGCAAAUGUCUUCAGAAGCUGUUCUGUGUAGAAGAGGAGGUCAAAGAUGGAUAGGGUGCCUUCAACUCCCUUGCAUGCCCAAAGUGUGAAGUUGGGGGUCUUGUUGGGAAUGUGUAUCGAUAGGACCAAAACCGGUGAAUGUCAGCACUUCCAAAGCAGUAUUUAAAUGUGUGUUAAGUUACACUGUGUGUGGAGGGAGGCGGAGCUCUCUUGAAAAACAGCUAGCUGGUGUAGAAUAAGUAUAGGUAUAUGAUUUCUGUAAUGUACAGGAUGACAUGGAUGUGAAUUAUCUCUCUGCUGAACAGUUUUUGUGUGUGUGUUUUUUGGUAAAGGCUUUGGGGUUUUUUUUUAGCGGUGGGGGGAAACCACAUACAUCACUGUUUUAGGCUCUUCUUUAUUUCACGAUUUACACUUGUUAGCUUGCAAGACGCUUCUGUUUCUAGCAAAAAGUGUAGGCAGAAGAAUGAGUUGACACUAGGGCACUGUAAAUACAUACAGUAAAGUAAGAACCUUUCAAAUAAAGCAUAAUUGUGAGUUUUCAGCCAAACAAUUGGUGCCUUCCCUAUAUCACUGCCGCAAAGCUCUUUAUAUUUGAUAGGCUGAAUACUUUUUUUUCCCAGCAUGUGAAACCAGGCUGUCAACUCCUGACUUGCAUUCAAUACAGCUCAGCUAUCCAUAACUACCUUUUUACAAUGAGGUUUUAAGUGAUUGUGUGUCCCUUUUUUAUGUACAAAAAAGAUAUCACUGCCUUUCUCGGAUCUAGGAAACACACUUCUUUUGGGCAAGACUUAAGUGAUAAAAUUGACGUGUGUGUUUUUAACGGUCGAGCAGAAACUGGAAUUCUGUAACUUGCAAACUGCUAAUUUUGAAAUGCAAGUCCUUCAGUUGGUUCUUUUUGUACUUCUCAAACAGAACACAUGCAAUAAAAAGGCAGUCUGCCAAAAUAA